UAGGUAGACAUCUAAAGUGGGCCUGCAUCAAGCUAGCAGUCAGUUUGGGUGUUUAUAGACGAGAAAAGUCCCCAAUCCUUUAGUGGGUAAGGACUCUGGAGAAUCGCACUGCUAAAGGGUGUGUUGUCAUUGUUUUUCAUCUGGAUUCCCAAGCAUCCAGAGACCCGUCGCGAUCAUGAUCUGGGACCAUUUUGACGGCAAGAGCGUUCUCAUUACGGGGGCGUCAGGGUUCCUGGGCACGGCGUUAGUGCACCGAAUCAUUGAUCGCACUUCUGCGAGCCAUCUGUAUCUGAUCUGUCGAGGAGGGUUACCUCGUUUGCGCGAGCAAUGGCGCCGUAUACUCUCUUCCGAGCUUGCCGAUCCCAUGCUAGACCCGCGUCGAGUCACCGUCCUCGAUGGGGAUAUCCUCAAGCCUGAUUUCGGACUGCCCCCGCGCGAAGUCGAACGGUUACAGGGGGUGGUUGAGAUCGUGAUUCAUUCCGCGUCGUCCAUUAACCUAGGCAGCCGGCUGAGUAAAAUCGCCGCGGUCAUCAUCGGGGCCAGCGAGAUGGUGUCGGAGUUUGCCCUGAAAUGCCCCAAGCUCGACCAGUUUGCGUACAUCUCCACGGCAUAUGUCAAUGCAUUCCUUUACGCCGAGACCGACGCCCUCGACACAGAGGUCGAGGAGAAAGUGUAUGCGCUGCGCAACGCGCAAGGCCGGGCCGCUGACGAAUGGGCCCUGGUCCGUAGCCAGGGCAGCAGUGGCGCAUACGAAGCGCACGAGUUCCCCUGGGCGUAUGCAUACGCGAAACAUCUCACGGAGCGACUGCUCAUGGAACGAUUCGAGGCGCGAUCCCAACAGCAGCAGCAGCAAUCCCGGCUCCUCAUCCUGCGGCCGUCCAUCAUCGGACCGGCCAAGUCCUUCCCCUUUCCGGCGUAUUGCGUCCCGACCUCCUCCCCGCUGACCAUGAUGAUUGCAGGCAGCGCCCUCGACCCCUCCAAGGGGUACAAGUUCCACACGCGCUGCCCUAACCCCGCGACGCAAUCCACGGCGGACGAAGUGCCCGUGGACAUUGUGGUGGACCGACUGCUGGCGCAUCUGGGGGCGAGGACCCCAGGGCCCGUCCACGCGGUCAGUGGGAAACGCGCGCGAUGGACGUUCCAGGAUUGGUGGUGCGCCGUCAAUAUCUUGAACCCGUCCCCGCGGGGGCCUGUGCUUCCCGAGUGGACGUCGUCGUUGCAUUGGCGCUCGCCGGAGCUGCAUCCGGUGGCUCGCCUCCACGCGGUGAUUGGAACCUCGUUCCAUUUCCACGACGACAAGACGGAGCGUCUCUGGGAGAGUCUCUCGGUGGAGGAUCGACUGGACUUGCAGCUGUUUGCGAUGCUCCCGAGUGAAUAUGCGGCUCCGGUUUGGGUGCACGAGAGAAGAGCGGCCCUUGCCGUGGGCGUGAACGAUGCUAUGCGGUGGAAUGCAAAGGCUCGAUUAUAAUAUAGAGGUUGGAUAUAUAUUAUAUUCUCGGGGCACAAGUAGGAACUUAAUGAUAGUUACCUAGUCAACCCGUUAAGCCUCUUAAUUCAGAGAUCGAUCGCGGUAGGAGUGAGCAGGUAAUAACGGUCCAUCAGCCUAUUACUCCGUAGUAACUAGUUAACUAUAGGAUUAUAGGGGUUGAUCUGGUAGAGACUCAACCCUAGUUAACGGUACUCCAUAUA